AUGGCUAACCUUCGCCGUCUCGCCGUGAGCCUGGCAGCUUUCCUGCCACUCGCUCUUGCUGCCCCCGCGGCAGUUCAGAAGCGUGAAGUCAUCCCCAACAAGUACAUUGUUACCCUGAAGCAGGAUGCUAGCAGCUUCGAUGCUCACAUCAACUGGGUCAAUGACAUUCACGCCCGAAGCCUCUCUCGCCGUGAUACCAACGGUGUUGAGAAGGAGUUCCACAUCGAGAACUUCAACGCUUACUCUGGAGAGUUCGACGAGGCAACCAUUGAGGAGAUCAGGAACAGCCCUGAGGUUCUCGAGGUUGAGGAGGACCAGGUCUGGUAUGUCCCUGAAGUCACCAAGGAGGACACCGUUGAGAUCCAGGGCCGUGCCUUGGUCACCCAGACCGGCGCCACCUGGGGCUUGGGAACUGUUUCCCACAAGGCCUCCGGUUCCACCUCGUACAUCUACGAUGACACUGCCGGCCAGGGAACCUAUGCCUACAUCGUUGAUACUGGUAUCCUCGAGACCCACAACGAGUUUGGAAGCCGUGCCAGCACCGGCUACAACGCCGUUGGCGGCAGCAAUGCUGAUGCCAACGGACACGGCACUCACGUCGCCGGAACUAUUGGUGGAGCCACCUACGGUGUUUCCAAGAAGACCAACCUCGUCGCCGUCAAGGUCUUCCAGGGCUCCUCUAGCAGCACCUCCAUCGUCCUCGCCGGUUACAACUGGGCUGUCAACGACAUCAUCUCCAAGUCCCGCCAGAACGUCGCUGCCGUCAGCUUGUCCCUCGGUGGUGGCUUCUCUUCUUCCUUCAACAGUGCCGUUAACAAUGCUUUCGCUUCUGGUGUCAUCUCCGUCGUAGCUGCCGGUAACGACAACGCCGACGCCGCCAACUACUCUCCUGCUUCCGCUGCUGACGCCAUCACUGUUGGCUCUAUCGCCUCCAACUGGGCCCGUUCUAGCUUCAGCAACUUUGGUGCCGUUCUCGACAUCUUUGCCCCCGGAACGUCCGUUCUCUCCUCCUACAUCGGCAGCAACUCCGCCACCGCCACUCUCUCCGGCACCUCCAUGGCUACUCCUCACGUUACUGGCGUCGUCCUCUACCUCCUCUCUCUUGAGGGUAUCAGCUCCUCCGCCAUCCCUGCCCGCCUGACUGCCCUUUCCACCAAGGACAAGGUCACCAGCCCUGGCACUGGCAGCCCCAACCGCAUUCUCUACAACGGCAACGGUGCCUAA